CGGAAGGCGAAUAUUGAUGCUCGUGAUCGAUGGGGAAGCACGGCAGCAGCUGAUGCCAAGUACUAUGGAAAUUCUGAAGUUUAUAAUAUAUUGAAGUCCCGUGGGGCCAAAGUUCCAAAAAUCAGAAAGACGCCAAUGGCUGUUGCUAAUCCUCGGGAAGUUCCAGAGUAUGAGCUCAAUCCUUUGGAGCUUCAAAUUCGCAGAAGUGAUGGUAUCAAGGGAUCGUAUCAAGUUGCUAAAUGGAAUGGUACAAAGGUUUCUGUGAAGAUUCUCGACAAGGAUUGCUAUUCAGACCCUGAAAGCAUAAAUGCUUUCAAACAUGAACUAAUGAUGCUAGAGAAAGUAAGACAUCCAAAUGUGGUACAGUUUGUUGGUGCUGUAACUCAAAAUAUUCCAAUGAUGAUUGUUUCAGAGUAUCAUCCAAGAGGCGACCUGGGCACUUAUCUUCAAAAGAAAGGGCGUCUAUCUGCUUCUAAAUCUUUAAGAUUUGCUCUCGAUAUCGCUAGGGGCAUGAAUUAUCUUCAUGAAUGUAAACCAGACCCAAUUAUCCAUUGUAGUUUACAGCCAAAGUGCCAGAAAUAUAUUGCUGGACGAUGGAGGCCUGUUGAAAGUUGCAGGUUUUGGUUUGCUUAGGCUGUCCAAAAUCUCACCUGACAAAGCAAAAUUGGUGCAGCCAGAUGCUUAUGACCGUUCGAGUUACUAUGUAGCACCUGAGAUUUAUAGGGAUGACAUAUUCGAUAGAAGUGUUGAUGUAUACUCUUACGCACUCAUACUUUAUGAGAUGAUGGAAGGAUGUCCUCCUUUCCAUCCAAAGCUUCCUGAAGAGGCGGCUAAGUUGUUAUGUGUAGAAGAAAAAAGACCAACAUUCAAGACAAAAUCCAAGUAUCCUCCUGAUCUGAAAGAGUUGAUUGAAGAAUGUUGGGAUCCUAAACCUGCUGCUAGGCCAACAUUUUCUGAUAUCAUUGCACGGACUGAUAAGAUUGUUACAAAUUGCUCAAAACACGGAUGGUUGAAGGACACUUUUAAGCUUCCUUGGUUAUAAGGGACACGUUGAAAUAAUAUUUAUUAUUGGGUGCGCGAGAGAGGUUUUUGAUUGGAUGGUUAUUAGCUGCUGAAGAGAAACUUUUGGAGGGCUUCUAUAUCCAAACUAAUCACGUAGAGACUGGGACCUUGCUGGCCUGGCAAUUCAGACAUGUUCUGCACGAAGGCUUCACAUUGCAGAUUGCACAAGUUUAUUCAACGUUUGAUCAUCAACUAUGGCCUAAAGUUCAGGAUUUUGUAUGACUGAAACUUUCCUCAGUAACUUUUAGCCAGCUGAACCUCUCUCUAUCCAUGCACGUAUGAUUUUUCAAGCUUGAUUCUUACUUAGAAGGUUGCUUUUAGAUCGUCAGUGAACAGGAAACAUAUGUAUUAUAACUACAACAGAAAAUGAUAAUGAUAAAAGAAUGAAUGCAUGCUAUUCAUUUUAUUUUGCAUGAUGGAACAUCAUCAUCCAUUCUCUUGCAA